AUGUUUAUCCGGAAAGUUCCUGGCAGACAGAGACCAACAGUACGUAAAAAAAUUGAAAAUGUAUCUUCAGAUGGACUACCUGUAGGCCCCGAGUUACCCAUUGGCCGUAUAGGAAAGACUCAAGCGCUUUACGCCGGAGAAGACGAAGACCGCCUCGGCGUUUUUAGCCAUGCUCACGGCUGCCGAGGCAGCCCAAAGUCGCCCGAUGCAGCUCUAGGCGCCCGAGCCGCACUCAUGCAUCUCUUAGGCGCCCGAGCCGCACCGAUGCCCACCAGUAAUGGGCGCCGCGCCGGGCCUAACCCGCUUCACAGCAUCGAUGGUGAGAAUACUUCCAAACACUCUGGGCUUCAUAAAGAGGAAUCUACCUUUUGGUUAGCAACAGACUUUUUACUUAAUAUUUACUUAGCUGAAUGUAAUAACCAGUUACGUUUAAUAAAAACCAUGGCUGACAUGGCUAUCCUGCGAGCGAAGAAAUAUCAAAUAAAAAGUGUCGAACAUAGAGAAGAUCUGACCAGGAUUAACACCAAAGAUAUGGGAAAUAUGCAGUACAAACUAGACAAACUUGUUGCUGACAGAAUAUACUUUCAAGAAGUAUUGGAGGAAACAUACCUAGAGUUAGCACUGUACAGAUGUUUCAGUGUGCUCACUAGUUGCAAUAAGGAAGUAGAAGAACAAGAUUUAUAUAGAAUUUGUCUCGCUGAAGAAGAAGGCAAAAAUAAACUGUUUGACGCAGCUUUGAAUUCAGAGAUUAUAGGAAGGUACAUUACCAACUGGCAGUGCGCACGCACUGAACAGCACACACAAACUAUUAAUGAUACAGAGUCAGGGCCUUCCACUGCAAUAUCCUACUUCCGAAACAGAGGCGAUCAAGAACAGAGAGUACACUCGGAAAUUGACCUGCUCGUGAACGUUUUCAUCAAUGAGACUCUGGCAAAGGUGGAAAGUUGGAUGAACAAGUACGACACGGAUAUGGAAGCAAUAGACUUAAAAAUCACUAUAAUGAAGAACAAAUAUCAAGAUGAAGUAGCCAAGAGAAAGAGCAUGGAGGAUGAUCUGGCUCACCACGCUGAUCAAAUGACACUAUGGAACAAGUUCAAAGAUGACCGUGAGAGGGCACGGCUGUACAGAAAGAAGAUGACUGAGUCUGCCAUUAUUGUACAAGCGUGGUGGCGAGGACUACUUGUACGACUUGAACUAGGUCCAUUUAGGCCUAAGAAGAAGGCACCUACCAGGCCAGAUGAUAAGAAAGGAAAAAAGAAAUAAUUAACUUACGUUAAAGUAGUUUAUACCGUAAAAAUUACAUUUAUUACUAAAGUUUAGUUUUUCUUGGCCUGAUUACAAUAAUCAAUAUAUUUGUUUUAUAGCUGAAGUCAUGGAUAAAGAACUUAGUAACCAACUUACAACUUUUCCUUACGUCUGAAUGAUUAUUUUUGAACAUCGAUAAAAUUAUCGAUAUAACAUAUUGUCAUCCCU